UUGGCUUCGAGGGACAGCUGUCACGAAGAAAAAAAGAGAGAGUACUCUAGUGGAUCUGAGUCCUUCCUCUCCUCCCGUAUCAAAACUACCCCGUCUGCAUCAUCGUUGUCCCACUCUGAGCCACGACAUCAUCCUAGGGAGAUGGUGACGGAGCGCUCGGCCCCCGCCAGGCUCCGCUGCGAGGAGCUGCUGUUUUACGCGGCCUGUGUGUGUAACUGCUGGUCCGUGUGCUUGUGUGUGUGCGUGUGCCUGGAGGGCAGAGUGUUUAGGAGGGGAGGCGGCGGGAUGCGGAUGGGCAGCAGCUGGAGGUGGCAGCUCUCCCGGGCCACCCGACUGGCGCUGCGCUGGUGCCGGCAGUGGCGGGGGGGGCGGGGCGCGGGCCGGGACCCCCCCGGGCCGGGGACGUGGGGCGCGCUGCGGGAGCUGUGGAUCUACAGCCGGCUGCUGCUCCGCUCCCUGUACUACAACGCCCUCACCAACUCGGACACGGCGCUGGACUGUGCCUUCGAGCCCGUCUACUGGAUCGUGGACAACGUGACCCGCUGGUUCGGCGUGGUGUUUGUCUGCUUGGUUGUCCUGCUUACGGCUUCAGUCGUGGUCGUGGUCUACCUGUUUGUCCUACCCACGAUCCUCAGCACCUACCCCACGCACUGGAGCGCCUGGCAUCUCUGCUGCGGCCACUGGCUGCUCAUCAUGGUGGUCUUUCAUUACUACAAGGCCACCACCACCUCGCCGGGACACCCGCCCAAGGACAAACUUGAUGUGCCCUCCGUCUCCAUCUGUAAGAAAUGCAUCACUCCCAAACCACCGAGGACGCACCACUGCAGCAUCUGCAACACGUGCGUUCUGAAGAUGGACCACCACUGCCCCUGGCUCAACAACUGCGUAGGCCACUUCAACCACCGCUACUUCUUCUCUUUCUGCCUCUACAUGACCCUGGGCUGCAUCUACUGCAGCGUGAGCAGCAGAAACCUGUUUGUGGAGGCCUACAACGCUGUGGAGACCUACUAUCAGACCCCCCCACCGGAAUACAGCUCCAGAGAAAGCACUGCUCAUAAGAGCGUCAUCUUCCUCUGGGUACUGACCAGCUCGGUGGCCGUGGCUCUGGGAGGACUCACUCUGUGGCACGCCAUGCUCAUCAGCCGGGGGGAGACCAGCGUGGAGCGCCACAUCAACCGCAAAGAAGCCAGAAGGCUCAAGGAGAGGGGCAAGGUGUUCAGGAACCCGUUCCAUCAGGGCCGACUAAACAACUGGAAGCUGAUGUUUGGCGUGGAAACGAGGAGUCAUUGGCUCACUCGAGUCCUGCUACCCAGCAGCCAUCCGCCAAUCGGAGACGGCCUAAUGUGGGACUGCACCUUUAUCAGGAGAGACCCCAUCGCCAUCUGA